GCGAGCGGCUUCUCGCUUCCCUUUUCGGGACCGACCACCCUCCAGCGUGCUGAGCUGCUAGGAAGCCGCCGUCGGCGAGCUCGUAGGAGCUUGAAACCGUCGUCACCCCUCCGACUUUCACCAGAGGGAAAAAAUGGUUGAAGCAGAUCGCCCAGGAAAGCUCUUCAUCGGUGGCCUCAAUACAGAAACAAAUGAGAAAGCUCUUGAAGCAGUGUUUGGCAAAUAUGGACGAAUAGUGGAAGUUCUCUUGAUGAAAGAUCGUGAAACCAACAAAUCGAGAGGAUUUGCUUUUGUCACCUUUGAAAGCCCAGCAGAUGCUAAGGAUGCAGCUAGAGACAUGAAUGGAAAGUCCUUAGAGGGAAAAGCCAUCAAGGUAGAACAAGCCACUAAACCAUCAUUUGAAAGUGGUAGACGUGGACCACCUCCACCUCCAAGAAGCAGAGGCCCUCCAAGAGGCCUUAGAGGCGGAAGAGGAGGAAGUGGAGGAACCAGGGGACCUCCCUCACGUGGAGGGCACAUGGACGAUGGUGGCUAUUCCAUGAAUUUUAACAUGAGUUCUUCUAGGGGACCACUUCCAGUAAAAAGAGGACCACCGCCACGAAGUGGGGGUCCUCCUCCUAAAAGAUCUGCCCCUUCAGGACCAGUUCGCAGCAGCAGUGGAAUGGGAGGAAGAGCUCCUGUAUCACGUGGAAGAGAUAGUUAUGGAGGUCCACCUCGAAGGGAACCCCUGCCCUCUCGUAGAGAUGUCUAUUUGUCCCCAAGAGAUGAUGGAUAUUCUACUAAAGACAGCUAUUCAAGCAGAGAUUACCCAAGUUCUCGUGAUACAAGAGAUUAUGCACCACCACCAAGAGAUUAUACUUACCGUGAUUAUGGUCAUUCCAGUUCACGUGAUGACUAUCCAUCAAGAGGCUAUAGUGAUAGAGAUGGGUAUGGUCGUGAUCGUGACUAUUCAGAUCAUCCAAGUGGAGGUUCCUACAGAGAUUCAUAUGAGAGUUAUGGUAACUCACGUAGUGCUCCACCUACACGAGGGCCCCCGCCAUCUUAUGGUGGAAGCAGUCGCUAUGAUGAUUACAGCAGCUCACGUGACGGAUAUGGUGGAAGUCGAGACAGUUACUCAAGCAGCCGAAGUGAUCUCUACUCAAGUGGUCGUGAUCGGGUUGGCAGACAAGAAAGAGGGCUUCCCCCUUCUAUGGAAAGGGGGUACCCUCCUCCACGAGAUUCCUACAGCAGUUCAAGCCGCGGAGCACCAAGAGGUGGUGGCCGUGGAGGAAGCCGAUCUGAUAGAGGGGGAGGCAGAAGCAGAUAUUAAAAACAAACAAAACUUUGGACCAAAAUCCCUGUUCAAAGAAACAAACAAAAGUGGAACCUAUUCUAUCAUAACUACCCAAGGACUACUAAAAGGAAAGAUUGUGUUACCUUUUUAAAAUUUCCUGUUAAGUUCCCCUUCCAUAAUUUUUAUGUUCUUGUGAGGAAAAAGAGUAAAACAUGUUUAAUCUUUGAUUUUAUGACAUUGCUUUCAACAAGCAAAUGUUAAGUGUGUUAAGACUUGACAUGUGUACUAGUAUUGUAAUUUUCCAAGUAAAAGUGUCCCUAAAGGCCACUUUUCUAUAAGAUUUUCCCCAGUAAAUGAUGAGGCAAGCAAUUCUAAGAUCUUUCACAAAAUAUCUAUUCAUCUAAAAUGGAGAGAUGAAUCCUCCUGCCUGUACAAACAAGCUAGCUAUUAGAGGGUGGUCGGGGUAUGCUACUCUUAGGAUUUCAGAGUGUCUUCAAACUGAAAUCUCAAUGUUCUCAGUAUGAAAAACCUGAGAUCAGAUGCUUAUAUUGUAAGGAAAAUGCUAUUCGCCCAGUAAACCCAAAAAAGCAAAUGGAUAAUGCUGGCCAUAUUUUGCUUUUCUGACAUUUCCUUGGGAAUCUACAAGAACCUCCCCUUUUCCCCUCCCCAAUAAGACCAUUUAAGUGUGUGUUAAGCAACUACAGAAUACUAAAUAAAAAGUUUGGCCAAAACCAACCAUGAAGC